CUGACAAGGAACUUUAAACCAUUCGUCUUUUAUCUUUUUGCUAAGAGUUUAGGUAUUCUUGACUUACAGGAUAUGGUUUAAGACAGCUUAUAUAAAUCUUCCUUUCAAAUAACUGGACAAUUGAAAAUGGCGCCUCAGAAGCGCAAAAGACCGCACGACGCCGAACCGGAGUUACCGCGUCGCGCGACCAGACAACAUCCUGCGCCCAAUAGCGAUGAACAUCUACUACGAAGCGGUCGUGUACGUGCCGGUUCGAUCAAAAAGGCUCAAAUGUUAUCAAAUACCGAGAAAAUAUUGGAAAAAAACGGGGAAGUCAAGAAGAGAGCAGGGAGGCCACCCAAUAAACAAGAGAGCACCACAGCGACUAGGCACGUUGUGGCGGAUAAUGUAUCAAAAGAAAAUAUACAACCUAAUAAUAGUGAUGAGGGAGAAGAUGAAGCGCAAUACUAUGAUAGAAUAAAUGAGCCGAUUAAUUCUCUGGGGCAUUCACAGCAUGAAGAAAAGAAAGAAAAGAAAGCGACGACGAGACGGCCGACUACAGGCUCAUCCCCUCCACAAACCAAACUUCUGCCCCCCAAGCCGCCAUUACAGCGAAAGCAACAGCAAAAGCAACCUCAGCAACCGCAGAUUCCAAAUCAAACAAAUACACACACGAAACCACUCGUGACAUCGACGCCAAAGCGCCCUACUACCUCGGACAAGUUGUUAAAGCCUCCCCCCACACCGCGCUCAGAUCGCAACAUCGAUAAGGUCGUGUUAGGUAAUAUCUGCUUCAAGGCGUGGUACCCCUCGUACUAUGGCAAGGAGGUGCUAGGGGACAUAUCGAAUAGUACCAAUCCGGGCGGCAAGGAUGGCAGAGAUGGCGGCGGGAAGAUGGGAGGCAGGAUAGGCGGUAGCAAGAGACAACCACCGCCUAUGCUCGAACGCUUGUAUGUCUGCCCGUGCUGCUUCAAGUAUAGUAGAGAGUUGGUCGCGUGGUGGGAACAUGUUAGGUGCUGCGAGAAGACGUUCGAGAUGCCUGGGCGGAGGGUGUAUAAACACCCCAAGGGUUUAAGGACGCGGACGGUGAAGGUCCCUUCGGCAUUCUCGAGUGUUACUACGGCUACAACUGCGGAGGUAGUUGGCAAGGGUAAGGGGAGGAAGAAGAGCGACGGAGGCGCAGGCGUGCCGAAGGUAGAAGAAGUUAUUAGCGAUGACGGCGAGUGGAGCGUGUGGGAGGUUGACGGGGAGAAAGAUAGGCUGUUCUGUCAGAAUCUAUCCCUGUUCGCGAAGCUAUUCCUAGAUAACAAAUCGGUCUUCUUCGACGUGACGGGGUUCAACUACUUUCUUCUCGUCUAUACGCCCCCACCAACUCCCGAUCCACAACCGUCUCCUUCUCUCGCUCCUACGUCUACCGAUAUAAUUCCAAACUCUCAACCAUCUACAACUAUUUCUAGUACUUCCCAACAUACUCCAACGUCGCAGACGAGACCGCAGGUAGUAGGCUUCUUCUCAAAGGAGAAACUGUCCUGGGAUAACAAUAAUCUGGCGUGCAUCCUGGUGUUCCCACCAUGGCAACGCAAGGGUCUGGGCGCCCUACUCAUGGGUGUAUCGUACGAAAUCUCCCGGCGCGAGUGUAUUCUAGGCGGGCCUGAGAAACCUAUAUCCGAACUUGGUAGGAAGGGGUACAAGCGAUUCUGGGCAGGCGAGAUUGCGCGGUGGCUUCUGGAGCUUAAAAUACCGGAGGGACAAGGGGAAGAUGAUACAGAAGGUGAAGGGGAGACGUUAAUCACCGUCAAGGAAGUCUCCAGGGCCACGUGGAUCGUGCCCGAGGACUGUCUCGCCGUGCUUCGAGAGAUGGGCGUUGUAGAAGAUGCAGGUCCUAGUUCCACUGAGACAGCCGCUGCUAACGGGUCAACCGAACGGCGUGGCGGUAGCGUCAGCGACGGAGAUGUUGAAAUAGAAGAGGCGAAGACGGCUCCCCGCGUAAGGCUCGAUAGGGAAGCUGUCAGGCUCUGGGUCGGCGCGAACAAGAUCGACCUUACUAAGACGUGCAACCCGGAUGGCUUCGUCGAGGGGUACGCGGUUAGGGAGGGAGAGAGCGAGGAAGUGGGUGAAGAGUAGUAGAGUAAUGGAGAGACAGAAAAGUUGGAUGGAAAUAUAUAAGAUACCCCUGUGCUUUAGGUUUUGAAUGUAUAAUAGCUGAAUAUUGAAU